AUGCUUCUGACCCCAGAUCGGCUUGAGAAAUAUGGCUCUCAUACGCUGAGUAUCGUCGACUAUACCUUGGACGAUGCCCAUCUCGAAACUCGGUGUCCCCUUGACAAUGGGCGGCACAACGGUCAACCCAAGCAUUCAGUGGGCAGGCUGGACUUGCUCCCCUACGAACUCAUCUCCCAGGUUCUCCUGGCGCUGGAUCUACCGUCCAGAACUGCUUUCCGGCGUGUGAAUCGCCGGGCCAUGGGUCUCGUCGAUUCGCUACACGAGUACCAGAUGGUCCUCAAGCAUUGCCCCAAUAUCCUCCGCGCCAUCAUCAGCAUCAAUGCCAAGCACUUUGACUUGGCGACCUUGUACAGAACUCUCUGCACCACCAAGUGCGCAGCCUGCAACGGAUCAUUCGGUAGUUAUCUCUACCUCAUCACCUGCAAACGAGUCUGCUACAGUUGUUUCACCGAAAAGUCUGCAUACUUGCCCGUGUCCGCCAUGCUGGACAUAAGGAACACUAGUCUCAGCAGGGACGACUUGAAAUCUCUGCCUCAUAUCUUCAGCCUGCCGGGAUAUUACACGAAGAGCAAGAACUUGGCAAGGGGCAGGACAAUGCUAGUGGACCUCCAGUCCAUGAACAAGAGGGCUUCGGAGAUCCGUGGCACUAAAGUAUUCAUCCGCGUGUCCACGCAAUGCGCCACUACAGACGAGAAUCGACGGCAUAUGGCAAUUAUUUCCGCGCCCUACUUCAGCUCGUCAGGUCGCUCGGCCCACUGGGGUUUCUAUUGCGCCAAAUGUAAUGAGGAUAAGGAGGAAUCGAUGCUUGACAGGUCUAAAUACACAGAAAAAGAGUUUGCAAAUCACAUGGCAGAGUACGGGAUUGAUCCGCAUGAAGAUCCGUAUAAAGAUCCGCAUGAAGAUCCGGAUGAAGUAGAGUGGUAA